UAGUAGUAGGUGAUAACAAAUGGACAGGAAAUGCUGUCAAAUAAGCCGUAUUUGGAGAUAGGCAAGGAUGAGCUGAAUUUUAGUGAGCAGAUUGGAAGAGGGGCACAGGGUGCAGUAUACAAAGCGCUAUGGAAGACAAAGCCGCAAGUAGUAGCUGUCAAACAUGUUCUCGAGUUUGAUCCAGAGAUAGUUGUGUUGAAGCGAAUCCAGCACAAGCAUAUAGUUCAGUUUCUCGGUGCAGUGGAGGAAGUACAUUUUAAAGCAAUUGUUCUAGAAUAUGCUGAACAUGGAUCACUGUACCAAGUCAUCCGAGAAGAUCCUCCAGAUUUUGAACAAAUGCUCAUCUGGUCACGUCACAUAGCCCUUGGUUUGAACUAUCUUCACAACGGAAUCGAUCCAAGAAUAAUUCACAGAGAUCUGAAGAGUCGGAACGUAGUUAUAGCAAGUGCAAAGAGAAUCGCCAAGAUUUGUGACUUUGGGUCCAGUAGGGAGCUCAACAAGACAGUGACUAGAUUUUCAAGACUUCACGGAACUGUGGCAUGGAUGGCUCCUGAGGUGAUGCGUCAGUCAAUUGUUUCGGAGAAGUGUGACACUUAUUCAUUUGCCAUGUUGCUAUGGGAACUGAUAACCGGAAAGAUACCUUUCGAAGGCGAGGAAGACCCACACAUAAUGUUUGGUGUUUGUCAACGCAAACGCCGUCCGCUUAUACCCGAGGGUUGCCCUGAGGAGUUCGCUAAUCUCAUAAAAAAGUGUUGGGAAGAUGAGGCUGAUAAGAGGCCCUCGAUUGAGGAUAUCAAUAAAACUAUCGGCAAAAUGCUCCUCAACGAAACGCUUACGGAGGAAGUUGACGAUUUUCUCUCUCACCGUCAACAGUGGGUUGAGGAGUUUGACAUACAAAUAGAGGACAUAAGAAAAGAGUUCGAGUCGAUAGAAAAGCAGUGGGCAAAAAAGUUGGAGGAGAAGGAGAACGAGAUUGAGAGUUUGAAACACAAAACACGUUUUUUGAAUAGCAUGGUUCCCGAGGAGAAAGGAGUCUGCGGAUGGAAGGAGAUCGAAGUAGUUCAGUGGAUCAACUACAACCUACCAGAUAUCGACUACAGUAAUGAGUUUUUUGAGAACAGCAUCACUGGUAACAGACUACUCAAUCUUACUGAAAAUGAGCUACUAAAAAUGGGGAUAUCGUCAGUCGGGCACCGGAUGGACAUUCUCAAAGCUAUUAACGAACUGAAGAAUAAGAUCCAGAGUUUGGAGAAUUUCCCACCCCUGAUGAACCUCAACACAAAGCAAGAGAAGGCAGCCAGUAAAAACACAGGAACACUCUUCACUCUGUGCCUAACCUUUGGGAACAAUUACUACCCGGGGACCAAUGCAAAGUGGAACUUAUUCGUUUAUGUUGAGGGUGAUAAAAUAGCAUUGAAGAGCAUAAAAUGCGUUGAGUUUAGGAUAGCCCAUAGCGACGUCGUCAAAAGAGACCGAAUGCCAUUUGUAAUGGAGAAUUUCAGGUAUGACAAGCCGAAGAGUCCAGUAGAAUGCAAGUUGGUGUUCAGAGGUAACAUAAUCAAGCCUAAGAGCUGGAGCAAGAGCUUCCCCGUUGUCUGUGCUAUUGGCGGAUUUAAUGAAUCCUGUGAAAUAGAGAUUUAUCUAAACGAAGAGCACGUCCCCUCGGCCGCACCUUCACACACCUCCUCACUCUCCUCCUUCUCCUCCUUCAACGUCAUUGACAACUGGCAGACUACAGCCCAACACAGUCAAGUGCAAGGAGCGUGGAAAGCAGGCCCUCCACCCCUUGCUCGUAGUCCCGGUUUUACUACUCAUCCCCUCAGACGAGACAGUUCCCCCUUCUCAAACAGGUCACCUAACAUGUCCCCCAGGACUGGUAGACGCAAAUUUUCGAGCGGGCCCGGAAAUGGGAACACGGGUCUAAACCGAAGCAGCACCUCGCCAGCUAAGAUGAGCCAGAUGGUUAGAUCCCGGUCACAUGACACCGACAAGGAUCCUAAGUCACGUGACAUGAAGUUGUCGCUCCAGAACAGUGAGAGGAGAGUGUCGGACAGGUUCUCAGAUGUUACUCCUACUCACGACCCGCAUAAUCCUAGGUGGAACGAAGGGGAACUCAGAGCAAUCGAACAAAUAAUUAACACCAAAAUAGAACACUUUAAAAAACAUAAAUUAAAUCAGUCUCCCAAGUUCACAUCUGCUCGUAGCAGCCUGGUAGACGAUUUGGGCACGAUGGACCUCAACACAACUCAAAGAUCCGAAGAGGGAUUCACAUUCGGAUCUCUAGGAAGCGCGGAUAUAAACAUGCAGUUCGGAUCCGCUCACACCACAAUUGUUGACAACAACACUCAGCAAGCUAACUUAAACUUUGGACAGACAGAGGCGUUCAAAUAUCCAGAAGUAUCCCAAGAUACUGAUGUCACGCCCAAGAAGAGCAGCCGGAAACGAGGUAUAUCCGUCUCUUCAACACUCUCCGCUAACUCCACCAGCUCCAUUAAGGACUUGGUGGAUAAGUUAGACCAGUUUCCUGAGGGCUGCGAGUUUCAGAUGGGAACUGAAGAUGCUGACUGGUGUGAUAAGCCCACGUGGGGGGUUUCCUCCGACACUACCUCACCUCCACAACAGCCUCCUGCUCUUCAGAAAGAAAGUCCCAAAGUCAGCUCCAGAACUCAACCCCCGUUCAACAUGCCAGCUCACCCCAUUGCAAAAGAUAAGAUAAGCCUGUUAGCUCGGGAUGGUAAGUUGUCUUAUGCAGAUAUCUUGAAAUGUCCGUCAGACCCUGUCACUCCAGCUGAACCUGUUCCGUCUCAGCCAACGAUAAAGAACUUGUCAACCCAACGAAACAGGAAAAAUUCCUCCGGCAGCAACGCAUCUUCUGAAAAAAGUAGAGGGAGCAAUCGGAGGAGAGGGAGUCGAGGAUCUUUGAGGGGCAGAGGAAAGCCCAGAGGAAAAUCCUUUUCAAGUUCACCUAGGUAUAACAACCAGAAGUGAGGUUGCAGAAUUACCAGUUUUACAGCGGUGAGUGGUGUUAUUUAAUACUUUGUGUGGUAGCCGAUAUCGGCCGAUGGUGGCAUUCCAAAGCUUGAUACAUUGAACACUGUCUCUUUCUCUUAUUUUCCUAUCUCGUUCAUCUCCCGAAGAAUUAUUUAUAUUUUGUUAUCAGAGUGUUAUUGAAUUUCAGUGUUUUAUUUUUUCUUAACAUAUUGUUAUGAUAUAUUUUAGUCUGUUGUACUGUUGAUUGUGUUGGUUAUGCACGUAAGGAGUUUUUUAAGGCGGCUCUAACUUACAACUAGUGAUUAACAAUUUAUUUUCGUACUCAAAUGAUAAUGAGUUUUUUUACAGUGGAAUGGUAUAAUUACAGUUUAUUUUUUAGGGAAGUAAGACGUUCAUAAAAUAUCCUUUAGCAUGUUAUUAUAUAAAACAUCAAAUGUUGUAUUUAUUCAAAGUUUUCUGUUAAAAACAAA